GGAAACAGUGGAUCUCUACACAGGAUGUUCUUUCACUACCACUAUUUAAUAUAAAUAAAAACAAGAUAUAUCCAUUAAAUUUAAGAUAUAUUCGUUUGGUCAGUAAUAAUACUAUCAACAGAGAUACAAAAAUGAACGAUUUCAAAUAAAUCAUAGCGACUUUUUAGAGUUUUUAGGGCAUAGUCAAUGCCAUGCAAAGACUCUUUCUGUAUCACAUGACUGUUAUUGACCAAUCAUAAAGCUUGUUGUUUAUGGGAACGGUGUAGGCUUUCAUGGCCAGGGAAAUAAACGUGAAAACAUAGCAGUGGAAUUUUGGCCCAGAUAUGCCUAACAAAACCAAGAAAGACAAGGGCUCAUCAAAAACUGCCAGUGGUGGCAAGAAUAGUGGAAAAGAUGCUCCAGAAAAUUCCGAUGACUCAAAAGGCGCCCACCCUCCGCCUCCAGCACAGUUAAACAAAUUCAAGGGAGGGCCGCUCGUGAAGAAGGAAAAACGUCAGAAUUCAUCACGAUUCAACAUUUCAUCUAAUAGAGAGUUGACCAAGUUACCUUUAUUAAAAGAUACCUCACCAGCCGAUAGAGAAGACUUGUUCAUCCAAAAGCUGCGACAAUGCGGAGUUUUAUUCGACUUCAUCUCGGAUCCACUGAGUGACCUGAAAUGGAAGGAAAUCAAGAGGGCGUCGCUGAAUGAACUGGUUGAGUAUGUGACGCAUCAACGCGGCGUCAUAUCGGAAGCUAUUUAUCCGGAAGCUGUUCACAUGUUUGCAGUGAAUAUGUUUCGUACUCUCCCACCUCCCUCGAAUCCAUCUGGCGCCGAAUUUGACCCGGAAGAAGAUGAACCAACGUUAGAAGCUGCUUGGCCACACCUACAGCUGGUGUAUGAAUACUUUUUGCGGUUCCUUGAAUCACCCGACUUUCAACCAAGUAUAGCCAAGAAGUACAUUGAUCAAAAGUUUGUUCAAAAUUUACUAGAUUUGUUCGACAGUGAGGAUCCACGUGAAAGAGACUUUCUCAAGACUACUUUGCACCGUAUCUAUGGAAAAUUCUUAGGUCUCAGGGCUUAUAUAAGAAAGCAUAUCAAUAACAUAUUUUAUAAAUUUGUGUAUGAAACGGAGCAUCAUAAUGGAAUAGCAGAAUUAUUAGAGAUUCUUGGAAGUAUCAUAAAUGGGUUUGCCCUUCCGUUGAAAGAGGAACACAAGCAUUUCCUGUUACGAGUAUUAAUCCCGCUGCACAAGAGCAAGUCCCUUAGUGUUUACCACCCCCAGCUAGCCUACUGUGUUGUCCAGUUUUUAGAGAAAGAUCCCAUGCUUACUGAAAAGGUUAUACGGGGAUUGUUGAAGUUCUGGCCCAAAGUUCAUAGUCCAAAGGAGGUAAUGUUUCUGAAUGAAUUGGAGGAGAUCUUGGAUGUUAUAGAACCUACGGAGUUUGUCAAGAUCCAGGAACCUUUAUUUCAGCAACUAGCAAAAUGCGUGUCUAGCCCUCAUUUCCAGGUAGCAGAGAGGGCGCUCUACUAUUGGAACAAUGAAUACAUAAUGAGUUUGAUUAGUGAUAAUGCUACAGUGAUAUUGCCCAUCAUGUUUCCAUCUCUCUACCGGAAUUCAAAAGCUCACUGGAAUAAGACGAUACAUGGUCUGAUUUACAACGCCCUCAAACUUUUCAUGGAGAUGAACCAAAAGCUGUUUGAUGAGUGUACCCAAGUUUACAAGCAGGAACGACAAAAGGAGAAAGAAGCUAUGAAACAAAGGGAAGAUGCCUGGUUGGAAAUUGAGGUCAAGGCUAAGAAUAAUCCUUUAUAUGAUAAUUUCCACAAGAGUCUGAACUCCAACUCAGGAGCUAGUAGUACCUUGAUGGAAGUUGAAGAUGAUGAAGAUGUUGUUUUAAAGAAAGGAGAUGUAGAUAAACAGGCUCAAAUUGGCACUAAGAGAAAAGAAACCAAACCAUUAUUGAGGAGAAAGUCGGGACUCCCUCAAGAUAUAUCUACUGUGCGCGCUAUAAACGACCACCAACGUCCCGACGAGUACCUAUCCACGUCAUCAGAAUCCUAAAACAACCGGUACGCGUGUAUCGGUCACAAGAAUGUGUGUUGAUUAUGAGGCGUAUUUGCCAAAGGGGUAAAUGAAAUAUGACAAAUGGAGUGCGACCUUCAUUUCCCCAAGAGAUCGGGUCCAAAAUUUAUCGGAAUAAAAAUCAAAUAGAUUGUUGGGGUAUUUGUUUUGAUUAUUUUGACUAUUUGUUGUAGUAGUCGACAGUUGUGUGACAUCCAAGGGAAGGGGACGGAUCUGUUCAAAAUGAAUGUACUAUACAACUAUGCUGUUUGUAUAUUAUAGGCGACAAUUGUAUCUCUUCUUUUGAUUCUUCUGUUUAAUGUUUAUUUUUUGUUGAUUUGUAUGUUUAUCCUGAUUUGUUUUUAACUCAUCAAGUUAUCAGACAUUUUGAUAUUUCCUUUAUUUGAUGAAUUAAAAAAAAAAGAAAGAUUUCUAUGGUAAUGUGCUUUAAUUACAUCUUUUCAUAUAAUUUAUAUAAGUAAUUAAAACAAGAUUAAUGGGCCUUGGGAAACAUAUUUGAGUGAUUUGUAAUGCUUUGAUACCAUUCACUGUACUAUCUUUAAAUAAUCCUUAAUAAAAUAAUAAGCCCAAGCUCUAGAGUAUAUUAAAACUGGAUUUUGGGUGGUAUAAAUUAUAGAUGCUUCAUGUAAAAAAAAAAUCCUUUAAGAGUGUUAAUAAAGUUUAAAAAAAGAGUUUUUAAA